AUGAGCUAUGGGAGCUGGCCAGACUUCCUGAUAGGCAUCGUCGAAACAGCGAUGAUAGGAAUUGGGAAAGCGACAAGCAGCAUAUCUGUUGCGGCAUCGCAGGCACCCAUGGCCACCAGCCACAAGAAAAAUGCGGAUAAAAUUCAACAUCAACUGAAAGGAAUGUCGCCAAGUCUGCGCGGUGAGUCGCGCAAGGAAUUCAGUGAUUGUAUAUUUGGCAGUCCAGAUGCUGGGAACUUGGAAAUUAGCUGA